AUGAUUAUUAAAUCUAAUUCUUUACCCUGUUCUCCAAAUCUCCUAAAUUCUAUUGGUGUCUAUAUUAUUGAGAAUUUAAAGUUAUCUUUGAUCUCUAGUUAAGAAACCUCUCAUGAAUUUAAAAAUAUAUUUGAGAGCAAAGUAUCAUUUAUAAUAUAUUUAGGUUUACAAAACAAAUAUUUUGCAUAAUUCUAUAAAGAUUUGA